GUUUGACGAUUCUCCGAAACGUCAAACUCACAUUCAUAAACGUUUGCUGAACUCGCAAAAAUAUUUUCGUUGAAAGAAUUGUGUUAGUUUGCAUAUAGUUAAAAAUGGGGUCUUCUUCAAGUGGAAAAAAACAUAAAAAAGACAAGAAAUACAAACAUCGUAGCAUUGAUGGAAUUGAUGAAGGUGAAAGUUCAUCUUCGCAUCGUCACCACAAGCACAAGCGCCAUAAGGAGCACAAGGAACGCCAUCAUCAUAAGAAGCAUCGCGAGCGCGAGCACGAUCGUGAAAAGGAACGUCGCCAUCAUCCAGAAGUUAUUGCCCUAGAAGAGUCGGAUUCAGAUGAUAGUUCUGAUUGCGUUGAGGUACCUCUUGAUGAUAACCCAUUAAAGUCAUAUGGGCAAGAUAGCGAUGUUGAAUGUGAAGCCCCACCGCCUCCACAGUUGUCAAAACAUAUUAUCGAUCGAGAAAAAGAUCAUGAGCGCCAAAAAGAUAGGGAAGAUGAGAAAGCAUGGGCACGUGAACGCGAACGAGAAAAGGAAAGGGAUCGCUAUGAAAGGGAACGUGAGCUGGAGCGUCGUAAAGAAAGAGAUAUGGAACGUGAUCGAAUCGAAAGAGAACGAGAUCGAGAUCGAGAAAAGGAUCGUGCACGAGACCGUGACCGAGAAUUACGAGAAAAAGAACGUGACCGAAUUGAACGUGAUCGUGAACGGGCUCGAGAAAGGGAGCAACGUUUUGAACAUGACAGAAGUAAUAGAGAUCGUGAUCGUGAACGAGAACGUGAACGUGAGAAAGUAAUAGACAAAUCAAGAGAUCGUCAGUCUCGUGACGAUCGUUCACGUUCUCCUAUUCCUGAAAAUGGUGCAGGAGAUUGUCUUUCCAUCGAAGAAACAAAUAAACUUCGCGCUAAAUUAGGGCUGAAGCCUCUGGAAGUAGAUAGUGGUCCAUCAAAGCCAGCGAGUUCCUCCGCAGCUGCCGUGGAAGCGAAAAAGGUACAGCCAGGAGAAAAAGAAUUAUCUUCGUAUAAAGACGAAUGGGGGGAGUUUUUGCAUAAACCUGCGUCAAAUUUAAAAGAAAAAGCGGAGGCAGAGAAAAUGAGGGAAAAGCUGAAACAGCGAAAAGAGAAAAGGUUCCUGGAAGAGCAACUAGCACGUAUACGUACAUUAGGAGAAUCGGACGAAGAAACGGAUGAUGUCUCUAAAUGGGUAUCUCGAAAUCGACGGGUUAUUGAUGAAAAGAGGGAAGCUGAGAAGAGGGCAAAAAUGAUUGAGGAAAUGGAUGCCGAAUUCGGAGUCAACGAUUUGGUAGAGAAAGAAAAGGAGGUAGCACGUAGAAAGGCUUACAAUGAUAAACAUCUGAAAGGCUUACGAGUUGAACACGAUAUAGAUGAAUUCACUGAAGGCAAAUCGGUCAUACUGACUCUAAAAGACAAAGACGUUCUGGACGAAGAUGGAGAUGCUCUAAUAAACGUGAAUUUGGUGGACGAAGAGCGGUAUCGUAAGAAUGUUGAAAAUAAGAAACAAAAUCCGCUAAGUUACGGAUACAACGUAUACGAAGAGCAGUAUGACGAGUUAGGUAACCCAAUUGAACGUGGAAUACUGGAAAAAUAUGACGAAGAUAUUGAUGGAAAUAAGAAAAAGAAAGAAUUUGUCAUUGGCGAUAACUUGGAGGAAGAGCGUGAACAUCGUAGGAAACUGCUAGAGAUAAAAACAAAGCUCGCAGGAAAGCGUUUGGAAACUUUAGAGGAUGCUAGAAUCGAACUUGCUACAGAUACAUAUACCGAAGCUGAGUUGACGAAAUUUAAGAAACCGAAGAAAAAAGUAAAGAAACUAAGGAAAAAGCUGAAAGCCGAAGACUUGCUACCUUUAACGGAUGAGCCUUUGAAGCAGCACUUAGGGAGUCGACGCGAUCGGAAUCAUGAAGGAGAAAGCAUGGAUACAGAUGACACAAAAGACACAGUGCCCGAUAUUAAGAUGGAAGAAGCUGACGAUGAUCUUGAACGCAUACUUUCCAAAGCGCGAAAGUUAAAACAAAAAGAGAAUAUAAUUAAGAAAUCAAUACCCAUCGACUUUAACAGUAUCAAAGAUGAGAUCAAAGCAGAACCCGUUGAUGGUGCAGAUGGUGAGGGUGGCAUCCGUGGUGCAGACGGCAACAUUGUGCUCAACGCCACUGCAGAAUUCUGUCGUACUCUUGGUGAUAUACCCACCUAUGGCAUGGCUGGCAAUCGAGACGAAGACUCCAAUGAUAUGAUGGACUUCGAAACGAAUGACGGAAACGAAGAACGUUACAACGAUCGACACAACGAGCCGGAACUUAACCAUGGCACUUGGAAUUCGGUUAAUCCAGAUGAAGUUGUACAGCCAGCCGAAUUCGAGGACUUGGGUGACAAUUUGGAAGAGGUUGCUAUUUUGGAUGAAGAGCCAGAUGUCAGUGCUGGUGUGGCGAACGCUUUACGUUUGGCGCUAUCAAAGGGCUAUUUAGAAAAGGAGGAGCACAAUCGACCAAGCAAUUCAAAGAUGGCACAUCUGCAAGCAAAGAAUUACUCCAUUGAAGACAAAUCGGCAGUGGAAGAUGAUAAGUUUGGACGACGUGAUCGUUUCCACGCUGGUCCCAUUAUGGAUUUCAAGGACAAAGAGACGUUCAAACCAAAUGUAAAGCUGGAAUAUAUUGACGACAAUGGCCGUAUACUCAACUCCAAGGAAGCAUUUCGUUACUUGUCACAUAAAUUCCAUGGCAAGGGACCGGGAAAGAACAAAAUCGAGAAGCGUUUGAAGAAGAUGGAGCAAGAAGGCUUGAUGAAGACGAUGAGCUCCACAGACACACCGCUGGGUACACUUACUAUGCUGCAGCAAAAACAAAAGGAAACGAAAACACCGUUUGUGGUGCUGAGUGGUGGCAAGCAAACUGCUGCAGUUACUGGCGCAACGAUAUCCAAAUAUAAAUAGGUUACUCUCCAUGUAAAUUCUUUGCUUUCUAAGAAACUUACAGAUAAACCACUUCGUAUCGUUAAGUAUUGUAGUCCUAUAGUAAUCGAAAAUU